AUGUCAUCAUAUUAUGACAACGACAACAACGAGUUUGUGAAAUCCGUAUCAAUACCCAAGGCAAGUGAUCACCAUAGACAUCCUUCUGUUUCGAAUAAUGCAUUAGCUAGAAGCUUUGUUUAUAGCUCUUUCAAGCCCGGCUCUUCAUUUUCUCCAAAUUCGAAAUCCUUGCAGGUGCAUUCAUCAGAUUCAAUUCAUGAAGAUUCUGCAGAUUUGGCAGAAAUUGCCGUCACCGAUUUCAAUAACAUAGAUUCAGAAUAUUCGAAUCCUCCACUUAUUCUCACAAAAGAUGAUUCUGGCACCACUCUGAAUGACUCAUACUCGACACAGGUGAUGUCCGAUCAAAAUGGGGUUCCAUCUCCACUGUUGUUGCCUAAUCAAAAGCCUUCUUAUGGAUCAUAUGAUGACUCGGGAUCGGAAUAUCAUUCCUACUUUGAAGAUCCAGAGGCUCUACGAAACCAGGGACACCAUUUUUCCCUUAAGGAAACCUUGGACUUUUGGAGAAACGCCGACAGUGAAACCUUACUCAACGAAUGCUUGUAUCGGCCAAUGAGUUACAUGCCUGCCGUUUUUCUAGGUACCCUGCUCAAUGUGCUUGAUGCGUUAUCUUAUGGUAUGAUUAUGUUCCCCAUUGGAGAAAGUGUGUUUUCGGGACUGGGGCCUACAGGGUUAUCCAUGUUCUACGUGUCUACUGUUAUAUCACAGCUAAUUUUCUCGUUGGGUGGAUCUGCAUUCAAGAACAGUAUUGGCUCGGAAAUGAUCGAGGUCACCCCCUUUUUUCAUCAAAUGGCAAUCAACAUAAUGAUCAAACUACAAAAUGAUACGAGGUUUGUAAAUGAUCCAACAUUGAAUUCCCGUAUUAUCUCAACCACCAUAUUCACAUUUGCAAUAUCCUCUAUAGUCACGGGACUGUGUUUCGGUAUUUUGGGCAAAUGCAAGCUUGGAAAGUUGGUUGGAUUUUUCCCAAGGCAUAUAUUGGUUGGCUGUAUUGGCGGUGUGGGCUACUUUUUAAUCAUUACAGGCAUAGAAGUUUCAUCCAGACUAGAGGGUGGUAUUGAAUAUAAUCUACCCACUUUACAGUACUUAUUGAAUCCGCUACCCUUCUUACAGUGGACGAUUCCCUUAGGUUUAGCAUUUAUACUGAUUUUCAUUCAACACCAUAAUACAAAUCCUUUAAUUGUGCCAGCUUAUUUCAUAGGUGUUUUCAUAAUAUUUCAUUCUUUGAUAAUGAUUGUUCCAAGCUGGAAUUUGGACAUGGCUCGUGAUUUUGGUUGGAUCUUCAGUGCCCAAGAAUCAAAUGAACCAUGGUAUGGAUUUUACAAUUAUUACGAUUUUGGCUUAUGUGACUGGUGGUUAGUUGUUCAUGAGUUGCCAACUAUGCUAGCACUGACAUUCUUUGGGGUUCUACAUGUCCCAAUUAAUGUUCCUGCAUUGGCACUUUCAAUUGGAAUGGAUACUUAUGACGUAGAUAGAGAACUAAUGGCUCAUGGUGCGUCCAAUUUCAUCAGUGGGCUAGCAGGAUCAAUUCAAAAUUAUCUUGUCUAUACAAAUUCAGUUUUAUUUAUUAGAUCAGGUGCUGACUCGAGACUUAGUGGUGUGUUAUUGGCAAUUGCGACUGCUUGCAUUAUGGUUGUUGGUCCUAGUUUAAUUGGAUAUAUUCCGGUAUGUGUGGUUGGCGCAUUGAUCUAUUUAUUAGGCUAUGAACUACUAAAAGAGUCGGUGUGGGAUACAAUUGGUAGGUUAAGAAAGUUUGAAUAUAUGACGAUUAUAAUUAUUGUCAUUACAAUGGGCGCAUUUGAUUUUGUCAUUGGUAUCAUCGUAGGUAUUUUGCUUGCAUGCGUUUCAUUUGUAAUUGAAGCAGGCAGUAAAAAAGUGAUUAGUGAAGUUUAUACAGGGGAAUAUGCUAGAUCGGUGGUUGUCAGACACCCUAAACAGCUGGAAUUUUUGAAAAAUGUCGGUAAACAGAUUUGUGUUUUGAAAUUGAAUGGGUCGUUAUUUUUUGGGUCAAUUGGGGGACUCGAACAAGAAGUUAGAAAUAUGUUUGACAUAGCUAAUUAUAGAAAGCAACCAAUCAAGUACCUGAUUCUUGAUUUAAAUUCUGUUUUGACUUUUGAUUUCUCGGCAACUGAAGGCUUUAAAAGAAUCAGAAAUUUGCUAAUGGAAAAAAAUUGUUACUUUAUCCUAUCAUCUGUUACUGAUAAUUCUCCAAUCGUUGAAAGUUUGAGAUUCUGUGGAUUAUGGGAAAACGAAGAACACGAGGAAAAGAUCCAAAUGUUUAAUAAUUUGAAUUCGGCAUUAGAGUGGUGUGAAAAUAUCUUCCUAAAGAAUUAUAAAGAUCUAAAGAGUUCACCUAGAUUCUCAUCUAUUACAAAUAUGAAAAAAUCCGGUAUGGCAUUAUAUACCGGUGAAACCUCCACUACUGGAAGUGAUCCAAGUGUAUUUGUUGGUACUCCAAGGCAGAUACAAUUUAUGAAUGCGGCAAGGAAAUAUAAUCAGCAUGAACAAAAGGAACAAGAUUUAAUUUUAACUAAGCUAUCUGAAUCUGGUAGAAAGAUGUCAAACUCGCAACUAAAGCAACCACUGUAUUUGUUAUUACAAAUUAUGCAAGGUCUCAGUGACAAAUCAGAUGAAAGUUUUUGGCAAAAACUCUCACCAUAUUUAAAGAGAGUUGUUUACAAACCCGGCGAAGCUGUGUAUGAGAAGAACAUCAACCAGCCAAGUUUAUAUUUUUUUGAAAGUGGUUUAAUCAAUUAUGAAAUUGGGUUUAAUAAUUUAAAAUUCAACAUAAGGAGCUCUGAAUUACCACUUACAAUGUUUGGAGAUAUUAUAAUUACCAAUAGUGAUCGGAGCUUCAAAUACAUAGCUGAGACAACUUGUGUCGUGUGGGUCCUUGACUCUAAGUCUAUCAAGAAUCUAGAAAAGGAAAACAACUUGAUCUACGAAGAACUUUUGGCAGUUUAUAUUCGUUACUCUACCCAAAGAUCCGAGAGUGUUAUCUCAAAUGUUUUAAUCUCUUAUUAA